UUAAACGCCAUAUUUGAUUGUCUUUGUCUUGUGUUCAGUCGAUUACCAACUGAGUUCGUACUGAUUUCACGUUUUAUUUAUUCUCUAAAACGAUUACAAACAUUUGUACCAGUGAUUUUUUUUGUCGAUUUGAGUCAUCUUUUGUAUCGGUGACUCGCACCACACGUCGAAAAUGGAUCCCGCAUUGCUGCGUGAACGCGAGGCGUUCAAGAAGAGAGCUAUUGCCACGCCGGUAGUUGAGAAUAGGAAAAAGAAAGAAGUUGUUGUGGAUGAAGUCAAGAAGAAACCGAGACCACCUCCAAAAGCAUCUGCUGCCACCUCUAAAAUCGAUGCUUCAAACUAUAAACACAUGACAGGAAGCUCACAGUAUAAGUUUAGUGUUUUGGCCAAAAUCGUCAAACAUUUGAAGACUUUGCAUCAAGAUGGGGCUGAUUAUUCCUUAUCUUUAGAAGACAUUCUUGAUCAAACAAACCAGCUAGAUAUGGGGAUGAAAAUACGACAUUGGCUUAAGACUGAAGCUUUGGGAAGCAAUCCCAAAAUAGAAACAACCCAGGAUGGAAGGUAUCAGUUUAAACCUCCUUACAAAGUGAGGGAUCGCAAAGGUCUUCUGAAGUUGCUGAGGCAAACUGAUCUGAAAGGCUAUGGUGGUAUUUUGCUAGAGGACAUUCAGGAAUCGCUGCCUAACCACGAAAAGGUUUUGAAAUUACUGGAUAAAGAAAUCGUUUACAUCACCCGCCCCGUGGAUAAGAAGAAAAUUUUGUUCUAUAACGACAAAACUGCAUUGAUGCCCAUCGACGAUGAAUUUCAAAAACUUUGGCGUUCAGUCCCAGUGGACGGAAUAGACGACAUCAAAAUUGAGGAGUAUUUGACGCAUCAAGGAAUUCGUUCGAUGCAGGACACUAGCCAGAAAGUUCUCCCGUCCAAACUGAAACGGAAGGCAGCUCCCAAGAAACGGACUUUCAAGAAACCCAGGGAUAACGAGCAUCUCAAAGAAAUUUUGGAAGAAUAUGAGUGAAGUGUUGAGUUUCUAAUGUAAACCUCCGUGUUCUGUAAGUUGACUAACUCUUUCUAUUUCAUAUUUAAACAAGCAAUCCCUGAACGGAAAUUUGUGUGUUGGUGUGGCUUUUGUGAAAUUAAAAUCGUCUUGUGCAAGGAAA